GCAACCGACAUGAUUUUGCCUUCGUUGCAACUAGAUCUAUGAAGCCCAUCCAGUGAAUUUGCAAGGGCAGACCAAAAGAGGAGAGAGAAAUCAUUGGAGAGAUAAGGGAGAGAGUCACCACUGAGAGAGGAUGAUCGGCCAAAAGAGAGAAUGUCAUUGGCCAAUGAGGGGCGAAUCGGCCAAGAAAGAGAAUGUCACCAGUGUUGAUGCUCAUGAUCUUAUUGCUUAUCAAUUGCCCAAGGAUAUUUUAGACCAAAUACUUGCUGUGCCAAUCUCUUUUUCUUCUAAUAGAGAUGAUACCUUGUCUUGGAAAGGAGGUCUAGAUGGAUCCUUUUCUCCUUCUCAUGCGUACCUCAUUGCUAGAAAUCUCCCCCCUUCCACGAAAGAUGAUUGGAGGUGGAUAUGGAAGUCUCAAACUUUUCCAAAAAUUCAAACUUUCAUUUGGCUUCUUUCUCAUGAGCGGCUGAAAUGUUUCGAGUUCCUAAACAAAUUGGGCAUUACCCCCUCUGCUACUUGCCCAAGGUGUCAUGCUGCUGUAGAAUCAGUGGAACAUCUCAUUCGUGAUUGUCCUGUAUUUGUUUCCAUCCUUGUUGACUUACUUCCGGGUACAUUCACGCAAACACAACGUGAUCUUGAUUUUUCUGCUUGGCUAAAAUAUAAUUGUAAGCGGAAGGACUCUAAUGGGGUUCUUAAUAUCCCAUGGGGAGUGAUUUUUUGCUUUGCACUUUGGGGUAUUUGGUUACAUCGUAACCAAACCCUCUACAAGCCUCACGCUUAUCCUGUUACUACUUUUAGAAGCCUUAUUAUUGAGAAAGCUGCUGAAUUUUGGGCUUUACAUCCCAAUCAUUCUCCCCACUAUGGCCAAAUUAGAUAUUUCAAAUGGUCUAAACCUUCUCACCCAUCUAUCAAACUCAAUACAGAUGGCUCUGUUAUUGGGAAUGGUAAAGCAGCUGGUGGGGGUGUUUUUUAGAGAUAGUAAUGGGACCUCCUGCAAUUUAUUCCCCAUGCAAUUGUCAACCACACAGUUCGUGAAGCUAAUAUGGUUGCUGAUCAAUUGGCAAGAAUGGGACAUAAUCUCCAUCAGAAUUUUGUUAUUCUUUCUCAAUGUCCCCGACAUGUUAAACCAUUUUGUGUUUUAGAUAUUAUGGGGUUUGAAGUCCCCAGGACUCGAUGCUGCACUGUUUUAUUUCUG